ACCUUUCUUUAAAUAAGAAUAAUAAUAGUGAUUUCUCUGCAAACGAAAAGGAAAAGGCGGCAUAAUUGUCUUCAUGAUUUCCAACAUAUAAAUAAAGCCCCGGAGAUAGGCUAUUCAUGGAGAGUCGAUUUUUCAUUGAUAAUGUAUUUUCCUCUCAGAUUGAAGUAAAAUAGCUGUUUGGAAAAAAUGUCUACGUUGCUCAAUACUGUAUCGACUGCUAUGUCCAAAAACCAUUGUCAACCGAAACCUAUGGCUAUAUCGUCCAUCACGACCUCUGCUACAGCUACCACGGCUGCGGAUAUUAUUAUAAACUCACCCCUACCUACUACUGGCACAUCUUUACCUUCUACAUCCACUGACACUGCGCCUUUUUAUUAUCCUACUGCUCAUUCACAUGGUUAUCAUCACCAGCACCAACACCAGCAUCAUGGCGUCGGUGGCGAUACAACGUCUAGCUCUCCACGUCAUUAUCAAAGUACAUCAACCUUAUCAAACAAAAGCCCUACUUUUCAAGCAACCAAAACCACACCCAUUUAUUAUCAGUACGAUCAUAGUCGCGAGCAGCAACAGCAUUAUUUCCUUCAACAUCAAACGGAUGCUGCUCCACUUUCUUCACCUUCGUCUGCUUCCACUGCCUCUUCAGCUUCAGCUUCUACUUCUUCGUCAACAUCCUCUCAACAUCAGCAACGUAAUUCACCGCUAUCGUCACCAUUACUUUCUUUGCAUGAACGAAGGCAAAGAAACAAAGCAGCAUCGGCGAAAUACCGUGCCAAAAAGAACCAGCAAUAUGGUGAGAUGAGAAGCAUGAUAGCGACCAUCACUAAAGAAAACGAGUUAUUGCAACGGCAAUUGGAACAAGUACGAAGAGAAAACCAUCAGUUAAAGCUGACUUGCGAUAAACUUCGAGGCAAGAUGCUGGCUGAGAAAUUGCUUCAAAAGAUGCUCAUGAGGCAGCAACAGCAACAGAAACAGCAACAACACUUACACCUGCCCAAUGAACAAACCGCAAACUUCAAACAAAGUAACGAUGAUACGAGUGCCAGUAGUGAUGAUGAAGAUUUUAUGGUGGAAGAAGAUACACAAAUGCUCCUGUCUGUAUUGAAUAAUAAUGAUAGUAAAGAAGAACGACAAAAGAACUUCAAUUCAAGGCCUAUGCCUUUAGGAGACAAAGAAAUAGGCAUUAUCAGACAUUCUACUAUUGCAGACGAUGACUAAGUGAUUAUAUAACCACACACUCCUUUCUUAUGUAUUUACUCUAUGGAUUCAAACAUCAUUAUGGCAUCUGGAGCGUAUAAGUUUUCAAAUUCAUCUCGUGCACAUGCAAGUCUCUAUGCGAAGUUGCUCUUAAAUAUAUUUUUGGUAUUAUGCUUCUAUUUCAAAAUUCUUAUAUGAAACUGUUUUGCCCCUUUCUCUCAUAACAUAACCCAAUAAAAAUUCAAUCCCUUAACAAAAAAUCGCUACUGCGCUGUAUCAGCCAAUAAUGCGUUCUUUUUUAAGGCACAAUUAUUUAUUUUUUUUUUGUCACCCAACAUUCCCCAAGUUGGAACUCACCCAAC